UAGAGGGCCUGGUUAGCCCUGACCGGCAUCCGUCUCCAAUUCACCCGGGUCAAGAAGGGUUCUCUUGCUCGCAGGAUAUCCCACACACGACCCAUCAAGGCUCCGAAGAAAACGGAACAGAAUCACCCACCAAACAGGACCAAGGGGUGUGGUGACAGGCAGCGGCAGCAGGAGCCGCCCAAAAGCAGAGCUGGAGUCAGCCAAAGUGGAGAGAGACGCUGGUUUUAGGGGGGUGGAAGCCCGAGAGUCAGCCCCAAAAAUGUAUUGGGGGGAGGCACAGGGAGAGUGUGGCAGAGUCAGGAGUCAGACCUGAGCCAACUCCCCCUGUUUAUCGUAAGGAGCCAAGGAGGAAACCAGAACCAGAGCCGGUGUUGGAGGUGAGCGAAGCAGGGACCGUGAAGGAGUUAAUGGGGAAAUUGGAGGAGAGAGUUAUGAGGGAGUUGCUGUGUUGGUGCAUGAGGCACGGAAUUCGCCCGACAGAGCGUGUCGGGAUUUGAUGGCACCUGGGUCAGCUCUCGAUACUCGUCCUGAGUUGCGUGCUAGUCGUCUGGUGAAGAUUGUGCCAGCCUCACGCACCAGGCCUCCUGUGCACCUCCCUAGCCUUGCAUGUCCUGUGCCAGCUCAGCUCUACAGUGCUCCUAGCAGUGCUAGCCGUGGCGGGCGUGGUACUGGUCAGGCACCGUGUUAUGCGGUGGAACGCACAGUGUCCCCAGUACGCGUGCUUAGCCCGGUACGCUACAUCCCAGCUCCCCACAUCUGCCGGGCUAGGGUGAAGAUUCAGCCAGGGCGGUUGGUGCCAGCCCUGCUCUCGAGAUCUCCAGUACGCCUUCACGGUCCGGUCUAUCCAGUGCCACCUCCACACACCAGCCCUCCGGUGGCAGCUCCCUGCACCAGGCUUCCUGUGCGUGUCCUCGGUCCAGUACCACCAGUGCCAGCUCCACGCACCAGGCCUACAGUGCGCCUCGCCUGUCCAGUGCUGCCAGAGCCUUCCUCCUCUCCAGCGCAGCCUGAGCUGCCCAUCUGUCCAGAGCCGCCAGAGUCUCCCGUCUGUCCAGAGCCGCCAGAGUCUCCCGUCUGUCCAGAGCCGCCAGAGUCUCCCGUCUGUCCAGAGCCGCCAGAGUCUCCCGUCUGUCCAGAGCCGCCAGAGUCUCCCGUCUGUCCAGAGCCGCCAGAGUCUCCCGCACGACGUGAUAGAUUUGUCUAA